AAUUCAUCAUUGUUUUUUACCUUUAGACAAAACCUUGAAAUUGUUCAAGAACUGGCUGAUAUGGCAUCGGUGGGACGAGCUUGUGGCAAUCUUGGCAACACCUACUACUUGUUGGGGGAUUUCAAAAAGGCCAUCCACUACCAUGAACGGAGAUUAGCAAUUGCUAAAGAAUUUGGUGAUCGAUCUGCUGAGCGAAGAGCUUACACUAACUUGGGUAAUGCAUACAUCUUUCUGGGCGAAUUCGAAAAUGCUGCUGAACAUUAUCAUAAAACAUUACAGAUUGCAAAGCAGUUACUAGACAAAGCAUUGGAGGCACAAGCAUGCUACAGUCUGGGCAACACAUACACAUUACUGCGUGAUUAUGAGAAGGCCAUUGAAUUUCAUCUACGCCACCUGGAGAUUGCUCAGCAACUGGCUGACAAGGUUGGCGAAGGUCGAGCGUGCUGGAGCUUGGGCAAUGCCUACACAGCUCUUGGCAAUCAUGAGAAAGCGCUGCAGUUUACGAGUAAACAUUUGCAUAUCUCGAAAGAGAUUGGUGAUGAAAAUGGACAAAUUUCAGCACAAAUGAAUCUCGCAGACUUAAGGAAUUUAUUAGGAAUUGUAGAUAGUAGCAAACAUUUGGCCAAAGACAACAGUAAGAAGUCUGAAAGAAAUGGUCUCUCAAACAGCACUGCUGAAGAUGAUAAAAAUAAUGGGCUCAAAACUUUCAGAACUCGGCGUUUUAGCAUGGAGAAUAUGGAGCUGAUGAAGUUAACACCAGACAACAAGGCCAAUGCGAAGCAAACUUCUCAAUCCGAUGCAGCUGGAGGAGACCGAAGUAGUGGCGCCAGACCCAAGACUGCUAAAUUCCAGAGAGCAGCUACAGUUGCUACUGAAAAUGCCUGUGAUGGAAACCAUCUUAGUAUAAGACCUGUUGCUCGACCAAAGUCUGCUGAACUAAUCAGUGCUAUUUCUCAAGAGAAGCCUUCUGAAGGUGGACCUGAUGAUGAUGGAUUUUUUGACUUGCUGUCCCGUACUCAGGGUCGAAGGAUAGAUGACCAGCGAUGUUCGUUUCGAGUUCCAAAGAAGACUGGAUCUACCGACUCAGACACGCCAUCCUCCUCCUCUUCCUCUCACCACAUGCCUAGUGUACCAGAAGUCCCUCGCAAGUCCUCUCCAACUCCUGGGGAAGAGUUCCUCGAUAUGAUUGCCGGUUUACAGAGUUCACGCAUGAAUGACCAACGAGCAAGUCUACCACAGUUUCCAGGACUGACCUCAAGAGCAGUGAUCAGACCUUAUCUGGAGAAGAAGAAAGAUGAUACAGUUCCAGAUGAUAAGUUUUUUGAUAUGUUGAUGAGAUGUCAAAAAGAUGAAGAAAAUUAUCCUUUAUUGAAGAGAAUGGUGAGAGGAGUGCAAAAUGGAUUGUCUAUAAGAAAUGUAAUGUGUAAACAAUCGUUGAGAAACCAUGGUAAACCAGCACAAGCAACCUGCAAAGGAGGACUUCAUCUGAAGAAGGUUAUGCUUUCGAUUUGGUGAGAUUAGAAGGGUGUUGUCUUUUAUAAGAUUUUUUCCCAUGGAUAGGACCAUCAAUUUGCAUGUGUACUGUGACCAGUUGUACUAAUUAAACACAGUAAUCCACUAGAAGCAUCCAGCUCUUGAGGACAUUGUCUUUCAUCAUGACAAACCCAGACAGCACAAGUCUUUGCAGAUGCAGCAGAAGUUGCUAGGAUUUUAGAGGGAGGUUUUGCCAUGCUCUCCAUAUUUGCCUGAACUUGUUCCGUCAGAUUUUCACUGUUUUCAUUCUCUUUAAAAUUCCCUGAAAAGACGGACAAUCAAUUAUGAAGAAGAUGUGAAAACUCACCUGGAAGAGUUUCUCGCCAGUAAAAACAAGUAAUUCUUUAAGCAAUGAAUAAUGGAUCUGCCUACAAGAUAGCAAAAGAUAAUGGAACGAAAUUAUAUCAUUGAUUGAAUAAAAUACUUUGUGUUCUUUUUUCAUCUGUUUCAGUCAUUUGACCGCAGCCAUGCUGGAGCACCGCCUUUCAUCGAGGAAACCGACCCCAGGACUUAUUCUUUCUAAACCUAGUACUUAUUCUAUCAGUCUCUCUUGCUGAACCGCUAAGUGACGGGGACAUAAACACACCAGCAUCA